AUGGCGUCCCACGAAGAUGAUACCAUGCCCGAGGAGACUCAGGGCUACAAGCUCUCCCAGCCCAAGCAGAGCUUGGCCCAGUACCAGCAGAUGGACGCCGGCGAUGAGUCCCUCCAACGGUACAAGGAAUCCCUCGGCCUGAGCGGCGGCACCAGCAUCUCCGACCCCAACGACCCCCGCGUCUGCAUCAUCCUCGCCCUGACCAUGGACUCCCCCGGCCGGCCCCCCGUCACGAUCGACCUCUCCCGGCCGGGCAGCGAGAAGAGCCUCAAGGACAAGCCCUUCAAGAUCAAGGAGGGCGCCAAGUUCACCAUGAGCGCCACCUUCAAGGUCCAGCACGAGAUUCUCAGCGGCCUGCACUACGUCCAGGUCGUCAAGCGCAAGGGCAUCAAGGUCUCCAAGGACUCCGAGAUGAUCGGCAGCUACGCCCCCAGCACCGACAAGCAGCCCACCUACAUCAAGAAGUUCCAAGAAGAGGAGGCCCCCUCGGGCAUGCUCGCCCGUGGCCACUACAACGCCAUUUCCAGCUUUGUGGAUGAUGAUAAGAAGAAGCACCUCGAGUUCGAGUGGAGCUUCGAUAUUGCCAAGGACUGGUAA